UUCGUCAAUGUUUUGACAGGUGAGAUUUGAACUCAUGGUGGAUUUAGUUUCUGUGCACAGGUUCAUGGCUCGCUUAAAGUUUUGUGCCAACCUUUCCUGGCUCUUCACGGAGCUUCCGGACUUCAGCCAGCGGAUUCGCGCUGCCGCUGCAGCCGGAUUUCGGGCCGUGGAGGCGGCCUGGCUCUACGACUGUGAGCUGAAGGAGCUCCAGAAAGCCAGGGAGGAGGCGGGGGUGGAGGUGGUGCUCAUCAACAGUCCACCAGGAAAUACAAAAGCUGGUGAGCUGGGUCUGGCUGCAGUUCCUGGCAAAGAAGAAGACUUUAAACAGGGUUUGGCUGUAGCGGUGAAGUACGCUAAAGCCCUGGACUGCAGAAGGAUCCACCUGAUGGCAGGCAGGGUUCCUGCAGGUUCUCACAGAGCAGCCGUUGUCAAAGAGAUGGAAGCAGUCUUUGUCCAGAACCUGAGAUACGCCGCUGAUGUUCUGUCAGAGGAAGGGAUCACUGGACUGAUUGAACCCAUCAACACCAGGAUUACUGACCACAGGUACUUUCUGGACUCUCCUCAUCAGGCGGCUGAUAUUCUGGAGAAAGUUGGAAAGUCGAACAUCAGGCUGCAGAUGGACGUCUUCCACUGGCAGAUAAUGGAUGGAAACCUGACUCAGAACAUACAGAAGUAUCUGCCUUUGAUAGGUCAUGUUCAGAUCGCACAGGUUCCAGGCAGGAACGAACCAGACAGUGAUGGAGAAAUCAACUACAGCUACCUGUUCAACCUCCUGGAGGAGCUCAAGUACCAGGGGUACGUCGGCUGUGAGUACAAGCCAUUAGGUUCCACACAGGAAGGUCUGGGAUGGAUCACAGAUUACUGGGCACGCAGCAAGUGAUGAUGGAACGAGCUGACUGAGCCAGAAUCAGAAUAUUAAACAGCACAAAAACCCAUGUACAUGCACUCAGCUGUGUACGUUUACACACAGUCCCUAAAUUUGCCAAAUUGAAGGGCAUGUUAUUUUAAAAGCAUUAAAAUUUUACAUUCCUGGAAAAAAUGAAUCACAUGAAUAAACAUUUAGAGAAAAUGAAAACAGGGAUAAAAAAAAUGUAAAAGUUAGCCUCAAGGUAACUGCAAGUCAAAAUGAUUAUUUCAGCUAAAAUCAUGAACACUUAACACACUUAAAAUGAGUAUGUGGACAGUGACGUCCAUAUCAACCUUUUUAAAGUUGUUAAAAUGAUUCAUCACAGUUAUAUUUUUCCUUCCGUUUUAUUUGAUAUUCUCACAUACUGUAUAAAGUAUUCUGUACAUUCAUAAUACACGCUAUACAAUUAGAGCUGUGUACAGUGUAUUUAUAUCACAGUAUCUGUCAGUUUGACUUCAUAAUUUACACCGUUGGUUCCAGUGGAACAGGCAGACAUUAAAGAGUUAAAUGAAGGAAA